AUGAAUGUGUUUAUUCCCGAAAUAAAUAAGGCUAACGAGCGACGACACAAAGGCUGCAAAUUACUCAUGAUUUCAUCGUCAUCGUCGGGAGUCAACCGAGACAUCCGGGUGUUGCUGUUGAUGUUGGUGCGCGUUCCUAUUGGGGUGGCUUUGUCGAAAGGAAGCGAUGACUCGACCGAAGCUGCUGCAUUCGACGAUAUCAAUUCACUGAUGAAGAACGACGAAUCCCAGGGGACAGGCGAAACGCUGUCAUCACUUCCGCAGGCAUCGUUUAACUACAUCAAUUCGAUCGUCGGAAGUGGAGUUAUUGGCAUUCCGUAUGCGCUCCAUCGAGCCGGUUUUGGACUGGGACUGUUCCUGCUGGUGAUAGUAGCUGUGAUAACGGAUUACUCGCUGAUACUGAUGGUUCGCUGCGGUCAUCUAAGCGGAAGGUUCAGCUACCCGGGCGUAAUGGAAGCCGCCUACGGAAAAGGUGGCUACUACCUUCUAUCGCUGUUGCAAUUCAUGUAUCCAUUUCUCGCGAUGAUAUCCUACAAUGUGGUCGUCGGCGACACACUUUCCAAGGUGCUGGUACGGUUUGUGCCCUCCUGGGGCAACUCGAUGGGAGCGGUACGGUUCGGGGUGGUCCUGGCCGUCACUGUGUUCGUGAUAAUACCGCUCUGUCUGUACAAGAACGUCUCCCGGCUGGCGAAGGCGAGCUUCCUCAGUCUGGCCUGCGUAAUCAUCAUCCUGAUUGCGGUGGUGUACAAACUGCUGGCGGGGGAUUACAGUGUCGUACCCGAUACGCCAGAAUCGUGGCGGUUCGCUCACGGGGAUCUCAUUCCUGCCGUCGGAAUAAUGGCUUUCGCUUUCAUGUGUCAUCACAACACAUUUCUGGUGUACCAAUCGAUGCGGAAUGCCACCAUGGAGCGGUGGGUAAAGGUCACACAUCUAUCGGUUGGAUUCGCUUGGAUGGUGGCCGUGUUUUUCGGUAUCGCCGGGUACUGCACUUUUCGAGCACUAUCACAAGGUGACCUACUGGAGAACUACUGCUGGGACGACGAUUUAAUGAAUUUUUCCCGCGUUCUGUUCUCGAUUUCAAUUCUGCUAACAUUCCCCAUCGAGUGUUUUGUCUCCCGGGAAAUUGUUCGCACUCAAAUUAAGCGAUUCUAUAACAGCGAAGCCGUCGAGUACGAUACCGAUAAGGACCCGUCCCACGCCACCGGUAAAACAGGUGAGGACGAUCCAAAGGCCGUGUCUACCACGCUGGUUAUCGUGUUUGCUGCCUUCAUCCUGUCACCGUACACGGAAUGUCUAGGACCUGUGCUGGAGUUGAAUGGUCUGCUGGCAGCGAUACCACUAGCCUACAUUCUUCCUGGGCUGGCCUACAUCCAGCUGAGCCCACAUUCGCUGUUUAGCCAGGAGAAGCUGCCGGCUGCCGGGCUGGUACUGUUCGGUACGAUUGUCACAAUUUCCGGUGCAGCGCUGCUGAUGCCGAACCUGAUUGGCGACUGCAGGACGGGCAUCAUUAUGGGCUACUGUCGGGAGGACGAGUUAGCCAUUAACGGUACGCUGUCCCUGGGCUCGACACCGGCAUGCGUUACCGAGCGAGCCUAA